AAGGCAGCAGCGGCUGCGCGGAGGAGCAGAGAGGGGCAGGGCAUGACCACCUUUUGGGAGGGGAGGACAGGUGUAAUCUAAGCUUCACUAAUAACCUAGAGGCUGCACAUUAUUUUGGCACCCUUUUAUCCUCUUCCCUCCCUCUUCCCCCCCCAUCCCCUCCCUCUCACCCCUUCCUCAUUUUGGAGCAAGACGGAAUGAGUCCUGCCUCACCAAAAUGGCCAAUAAUGUUCGCCUUCUCACCUCAUUUGGAGCAGCAGCUUGCUGAGUGUCAAAACGUUUUAAUGCCAUUUGGUUUUGUUUGGUGCUUUUUCCAACCCCGGUCACUUCACUUCUUUUCUUUUCUUUUGUUUUCUUUCUUUUGUUUUCUUUCCUUUCUUUUUGUUGGUUUUUUUUUUUGUUGUUGUUGCUUUGGGUUCUUGGUGUUGCCCAAUUCAGUUCUUCUUUACCAGAUGGAGUCUCUCUCUCUCUCUCUCUUUUUGAGUUGGUUGAAUGUGAAUCGGGGUUUGAAGUGAUGAGUUCUCGUCUGGUGCCUUCUCCUUUUCCCCACCUCUCUCUUCCUCCCCCAGCCUUUUUUUUUCCCCCCCUCCCCACUCCCUUCCUGAGUUAAUCUGGAAGGGGCUUUAAAAAGUGGAGCCUCUGGGUCUCCUCAGACCGCUUGGUUGGUCCUCAGAUUUCUCUCACUAGCAGCAUCCUGGGAGCACAUUUUAAGGAUGGAUUCUGGUGUUGCAAAAGUCAACCCUGGAUCUCCCAGUCUCUCUUCCGAUCAGGUCUGUAAAUCUGUCCCUUUCCAAACCAUCUCUCACACCCUGUGCACCUCCUCCCUACCCCUCCCCCCCCACCAACUCUCUUCUGAACUGAGUGGUGGUGGUGGGGAACUGUAGCAGUGUCGAUUGGUACCUUGUUGGAGAGAGCAAUGCACCCAAAAUGCCACUCACAGAACACAACCUGGGUUCACCCCUCUGCCUCCGUGAGCAGCAACAAAACCAAUUGGCUUUACAAGGUGGUGGUGAGGGUGUGACAAGUUCUGGAUCCAUCCAGAUCUCAGUGGAAGCAACAUUAAGCAGCAUUUGGAGGGGCAAGAUCUGCCUGUGGGAAAUCCUUUUCCAACAGGCAGCACGAAACAGACUCACAGCUGCCCCUGAAAACAAGUUAAAAAGACCCCCGACCCCUUCCCCCCUAAAACUCUGUGCCUCCCUAACAGCUUCUCUGCAUCGAAGUGAUUUGCCUUGCACCACGAAUGCCCAUUCUAAAGUCCCCUCUCUCAGUAUCCAGCUGUAUCCUCGUUUGAAAAAAGCUGCUGAGAGUCUCUUGGCCUCUGGCAAUGUGUGUCUGUGUGUGCCUGCUCGCCUGUGUCUCUCGGGAGGUGUUGCACAUGGAGCAUGCAGGUCUGUGUACGCAUGCGAGGUUGGCUUCGUGACACAGGUCUGACAAAGCUGGAACCCAAACAUCCCUGGCACUCAGGGAAAGGUGCUUCUCGAAACCCAAAAUGGGGGAAAAGGGUAGGGAAAUGUUUGUGAAGCAGAGCCCUGGCUGCCCCUUCCUGGCUUUUCUUUCUGGCCCGUUGGAUGAGGGCAGCACAGCUGGAAGGGAAUCUCUCUCCGCUGUGUUUUCCGCAGGGAAGAUCUCCCUGUUUCACCUGGGCCCGGAGCUGCAGUGGCUCCUUGUUCAAUCUCUAGCUGCACUUCCAAGCUUUCUGCCCACCACUGCUUUCCUCCUCCUAGGCCCUGACCUGAACACUGACCCAGAGAAUCCACAGCCAGAUCAGAGUAGUGUAGCAAAGGGGCAGCAGCAGCGAGAUGGUUGCUGGUACCCAGGGAUGAGCUCUACAGCUGCUGCACAGGCUCAGGGUAAACGCAGAUGUCACAGCCCUGAGCCAUAGCAGGGAUGUGUCUAGGGAUGCUCCAAGGUCUCCAGCCUUGAGUGCUGGAGUGCCCAGCCCAGCCCGGUGUGUGGAUGUUUGCAGGUCUGUGCACACAGGGGCGUGUAGCUUUUUUUAAACCAGGAUGCACAGCCACAGUGCUCCUGUAGCCUGCUCCGGGCUCCAGCAGCUUGGUGCCAGCCCAACCCCAAAUUCUUCCUUUUGCCUGGGCUGGCAUCCAGCUGUGCACCCUGUUAGCGUGACAAACACCAUGAAACCAGCCAGAUGCUCUCCUGAGACCCCACCCAGCUUGACCUGACCCCCUGAGUGCUGCCAGGAGGGUGGGUGGGGAGAGCUGCUCUGCUCCCUGGCCCCGAGCUUGUGUUUUGUGAGUGGAUCUCAUCCAUCCCUGCCCCAGCCCCUGCAGACAGCAGCAGGCUGCUCCCUUCAGACUCCGAUUCUCAGCACUCCACCGUACAUCAGAUGAUGCUUUUCAGUUAUUAAAUUCUGGUUUGUUCUUCCUUUUGCUUUCUUUUUUGUUGUUGUUUUCUUUAUAAUUUUUUUUUUGGGGGGGGGAAGCUUUUUUUGUUUAUUUGUUACCGGUUUGUUGGGUUUUGUUUUGUUGAUUUUGGUUUUGUUUUGUUUUGUUUUCCCUUCUCCCUUUAGUUUGGUUUUCUUUCUGUGUGAUUAGCCUCGGUUUGAAUUAAUUGUCUUGUUCUGUUUCCAUGACAACUCAGUGUUUGCAUCCCACCUGACGCUGUUUGUUGCUGUUGAUGCUGUUUGCUGACCGGAUCUCGUCCGGCUUAUGUCUUCCCCAUCUCUCCUCACCUCUUCCCACCUUGCCUCCCCUCUCCAGAAGGUUACAUCCCAGCCCCUCCUCAAAAAAAGAAAAGAGAGUCAUCCCCACCCCAGAUCUGUCUGCAUGUUGACCCCACUUGUUUCUUUUCAAGUUCUCUCCAUCUUGUCUCAGACUGUGCCCUGGGGUUGGUCUUCAGCUGGCUCCGUUUUCUGAAGUGCAGCCCCUCCUGGGGCAGGCAGCAGGGACAGGGCUCCGAGUCCUGCCGAGCAGUGGGGCAGGAGGGACAGGGAAGCAUCUUACCUGCCCUCCCGAGCCGGUGCUGCUGCCUGAGGUUGCGCAAAAUCCCUGCCCCUCUCCCUGCUUCUUUUCUCUAAGCACAGAGCCCUUUUCCAGGCUUAGUGUCCAGGUGAGUUCGUGGUCCCUCCCCGCAGGCUCCACUCCUUCCCCCCGCGGCACCGGAGGUGCAGGCAUGCUCCGCAUUCCCUUCACCAUCCCCGCAUGCAGGAAUCCUCCUUUGGCUUCUCCGAGCUCCUGGCGCUGCAGUUCUGGGAGCUGUCCUCAUGCCUGCCUCUCAGCCCUGGUUGCUGCCUGCUGCUAACCGUGCGGGAAGGGCUCUCUGGGCAGAGCGCAGCUUCCUCCGAGGCCAGCUUGUGUCAGCUUGCAGGAGGGGGCAGGGGCUGGGGCUGGCUUCUGCUGAGCAGAGCCACACUAAGUGGAAAUCUGCCACCACCUUUCCUGGCAGCAGCCCUCCCGUCUGAAAAGAUCCUUAACGCUGAGCAGCAGCCAGGGAAGUGAGGCUGGAAGAGAAAUAAAGAGGAACCCACUGAAGGCACUGGGGCUUGGGAAGAGCAAUGCAGGUCAAAGCUCUGCUGCCCUUGGUGUAGAUUUUGCAUGGGUGAAACUGCCACUGGUGUUCCGUGGGUGUUCUUCAGAGGUUCCCUGAGAAUAAGGCAGCAGGGACAGGGAUUUGUCACCCCAGCAGCACUCCUAACCCUCCUGCUUCCCUCUCUCACCCUCCCCCGGGGCAGUUUUCUGCAUGGCUCUCCUGAAGCUGCAGGCCUCCCAAGCUCCUUCAGCCGCUGCUGUUCCUGCAUCUUCUCGGGGUCUGUUCCUCUUUGCUUGCAGGCUGGGACCUGGCCCCCAGCUCCCUCCCUAGGCCUCCCCCUUUCAUCCCUCCUUUGCCCUGCUUUGAACCCCCUGAGGAAGAGCACCCAGCUUGGCCAGGCACUUCAGAAAAUGGAGCCAAGGAAACCUCCCCCUCCCCUCUGCGUCCCAUGUUCUACCCGUGUGAGGUCUGGAAGCUGCAUCCACCUCUCUGCCCAGGAGAUGCACAGAACCUGUCACUGUUCUCCUCCACGGUCGAGUUUCAUCACCUCGGGGUUCUUUUCUUUUCUUUUUUUUUUUCUUUUGUUGCUGUUGGAUUUUAUUUCCUUUUUUAAUUUUGGGGUUGGUUUUUUUCUUCUUAAUUCUAUUUCUAUUUAUUAUUCCGCCAGGGCUGAGAUGUGACAAUGUGAGAGCCACCACAUUGGGUCACAUCAGCUAGAAAAAUUCGCCGCGUGGCUCCUCGCUUCUCCAUCCUGCCAGUCAGCCACGAGAUCAUGCCCGGGGGCAACGUCAACAUCACCUGCGUGGCCGUGGGCUCCCCCAUGCCAUACGUCAAGUGGAUGCAGGGAGCAGAAGACCUGACCCCUGAGGAUGACAUGCCCGUGGGCCGCAAUGUCUUGGAGCUCACGGAUGUCAAGGACUCAGCCAACUACACCUGUGUGGCCAUGUCCAGCCUGGGAGUCAUAGAAGCUGUGGCUCAGAUCACGGUGAAAUCGCUCCCCAAGGCUCCUGGCACACCAGUGGUGACAGAGACGACAGCCACAAGUAUCACCAUCACCUGGGACUCUGGAAAUCCAGACCCCGUGUCCUACUAUGUCAUUGAAUACAAGUCCAAAAGCCAGGACGGACCCUAUCAGAUCAAGGAGGACAUCACCACCACCCGCUACAGCAUUGGGGGGCUCAGCCCCAACUCUGAGUACGAGAUCUGGGUCUCUGCAGUCAACAGCAUCGGGCAGGGGCCUCCCAGCGAGUCAGUGGUCACUCGUACUGGGGAACAAGCUCCUGCCAGUGCCCCCCGUAACGUGCAGGGCCGGAUGCUGAGCAGCACCACCAUGAUCAUCCAGUGGGAGGAACCGGUGGAGCCCAACGGGCAGAUCCGCGGCUAUCGAGUCUACUACACCAUGGAGCCUGACCAACCUGUCAGCAACUGGCAGAAGCAUAACGUGGAUGACAGCCUCCUGACCACGGUGGGCAGCCUUCUGGAGGAUGAAACCUACACGGUGCGGGUCCUGGCCUUCACCUCCGUGGGGGAUGGGCCUCUCUCCGACCCCAUCCAGGUUAAGACGCAGCAAGGAGUCCCUGGGCAGCCGAUGAACUUCCGCGCAGACGCCAAGACGGAGACCAGCAUUGUGCUGUCCUGGAGCCCACCUCGCCAGGAGAUCAUCGUCAAGUAUGAGCUGCUCUACAAGGAGGGAGACCACGGCAGGGAGGUGCAGAAGAACUUUGAGCCAGCGACCUCCUUCACUCUGGAAGGUCUGAAGCCCAACACUGAGUAUGUCUUCCGGCUGGCUGCCCGCUCGGCUCUGGGCCUGGGGGCCUUCACCCCGGAGGUCAGGGAGCGCACCUUGCAGUCUAAACCGUCUGCCCCCCCUCAAGACGUAAAAUGUGUCAGCACCAGAUCCACUGCCAUUCUGGUAAGUUGGCAUCCGCCUCCUGCUGAAAGCCAAAACGGCAUCCUGGCUGGCUACAGCGUCUACUAUCGAGCCCUGGACUCUGAGGACACGCAGCUUAAGGAGGUGAAUGAUAUCCCCCCAAGCACCAGUCAGAUCCUCCUGGAGUCCCUGGAGAAGUGGACGGAGUAUCGCAUCACCGUCGUGGCUCACACGGAGGUGGGGCCGGGCCCGGAGAGCUCGCCGGUAAUCGUCCGCACGGAUGAGGAUGUGCCCAGUGCGCCGCCUCGGAAGGUGGAGGUGGAGGUGCUGAACUCGACUGCCAUCCAGGUGUUCUGGCGCUCGCCCGUCCAGAGCCGCCAGCACGGCCAGAUCCGCGGCUACCAGGUCCACUAUGUCCGCAUGGAGAACGGAGAGGCCAGGGGGCUGCCCCAGAUCAAGGACAUCAUGCUGGCCGAUGCCCAGUGGGAAACAGAUGACACUGCUGAAUACGAGAUGAUCAUUGCUGGGCUCCAGCCUGAGACUUCCUAUUCCAUCACCGUAGCCGCCUACACCAUGAAGGGAGAUGGUGCUCGCAGCAAACCCAAAGUGGUCACCACCAAGGGUGCAGUCCCAGGGAAGCCCAUCCUGUCCGUGCACCAGACAGAGGAGAACACUCUGCUGGUGAAAUGGGAGCCUCCCCUGGAUGCAGAGGGCCAGGUGCUGGGCUACAGGCUGCAGUUUGGCCGCAAGGACGUGGAGCCCUUGGCCACCUUGGAGUUCCCAGCCGCGGAGCAUGAGUACGCAGCCGCCAGCAUCCACAAGGGCGCCACGUACGUGUUCAAGCUGGCCGUCAAGAGCCGGGCUGGCUUCGGGGAGGAAGCUGUGCAGGAACUCACCACCCCUGAAGACAUCCCCAAGGGUUACCCCCAAAUCCUGGAGGCGAGCAACAUCACUUCCAUGUCGGUGCAGUUCGGUUGGCUGCCCCCCGUGCUGGCCGAGCGCAACGGAGCCAUCGUCAAGUACACCGUGGCUUACCGGGAGGCCGGGUCCCCUGGCAGCCCCCUGGAGAAGGACCUGCCCCCCUCCCCAGAGAACUCCUACACCCUCAACGGCCUCAAACCCAACACUGCCUACGAUGUUAAAAUCCGUGCCCACACCAGUAAGGGCCCCGGGCCCUACAGCCCCACCGUCCAGUAUCGGACGUUCCAGCUGGACCAAGUUUUACCCAAGAACUUCAAAGUGAAGAUGGUGACCAAGACCUCUGUCCUUCUGAGCUGGGAGUUCCCAGAGAACUACAACUCCCCCACCCCCUACAAGAUCCAGUACAACGGGCUGAACGUGGACGUGGACGGCCGCACCACCAAGAAGCUGAUCACCAACCUGAAGCCUCGAACCUUCUACAACUUCGUCCUGAUGAACAGAGGCAACAGCAUGGGAGGCUUGCAACAGAACGUGGCAGCUUGGACUGCAGCUGAUAUGUUACCAAGGAAGCCAGAAGUGACCCACAAACCUGAUGCUGAUGGCAACGUGGUGGUGAUUCUGCCGGACGUGAAGAGCCCUGUGGCCGUCCAGGCUUACUACAUUGUGGUGGUGCCUCUGAGGAAGUCCCGAGGAGGACAGUUCCUCAACCCCUUGGGCAGCCCUGAGGAGAUGGACCUGGAGGAGCUGGUGCAGGACAUCGCCAGGCUGCGCCGCCGCAGCCUGCGCCACUCGCGGCAGUUGGACUUCCCCAAGCCCUACAUCGCCGCUCGCUUCCGCUCCCUGCCCUCGCACUUCAUCCUGGGGGACAUGAAGCACUACGACAACUUCGAGAACAGGGCCCUGGAGCCAGGCCAGAAAUAUGUCAUCUUCAUCCUGGCAGUGCUGCAGGAACCCGAGGCCACUUUUGCUGCUAGUCCUUUCUCCGACCCCAUCCAGCUGGACAACCCUGAUCCACAGCCCAUCAUAGAUGGAGAGGAAGGGCUGAUCUGGGUCAUCGGGCCCGUCCUGGCCGUGGUCUUCAUCAUCUGCAUCGUCAUUGCCAUUCUGCUCUACAAAAACAAACCAGACAGCAAAAGGAAAGAUUCAGAGCCCAGGACAAAAUGCCUGCUGAACAACGCUGAAAUCACCCCUCACCACCCCAAGGACCCCGUGGAAAUGAGGAGAAUCAACUUCCAGACCCCAGAUUCUGGUCUGAGCAGCCCUCUCAGUGACCCUGAGUUUGACUUUGAAAGUAUGCUCAGCCACCCACCAAUCCCUGUUUCCGAGCUGGCUGAACACACAGAGCACCUCAAAGCUAAUGAUAACCUGAAAUUAUCCCAAGAGUAUGAGUCCAUUGACCCUGGCCAGCAGUUCACCUGGGAGCACUCCAACCUGGAAGUGAACAAGCCCAAGAACCGUUACGCCAACGUCAUUGCCUACGACCACUCGCGUGUCAUCCUGCUGCCCAUCGAAGGAAUUGUGGGCAGUGACUACAUCAAUGCCAACUACAUCGAUGGCUACAGGAAGCAGAAUGCCUACAUUGCCACCCAGGGCCCUCUGCCCGAGACCUUCGGGGACUUCUGGAGGAUGGUGUGGGAGCAGCGUUCAGCUACCAUCGUUAUGAUGACUAAGCUGGAGGAGAAGUCACGGAUAAAGUGUGACCAGUACUGGCCAGGCCGAGGCACAGACACCUAUGGCAUGAUCCAGGUGACGCUGCUGGACACCAUCGAGCUGGCCACCUUCUGCGUCCGCACCUUCUCCCUGCACAAGAACGGCUCCAGUGAGAAGAGGGAGGUUCGGCAGUUCCAGUUCACAGCGUGGCCUGACCACGGGGUCCCUGAGUACCCCACCCCCUUCCUGGCCUUCCUCAGGAGGGUGAAGACCUGCAACCCCCCUGACGCUGGUCCCAUCGUGGUGCACUGCAGCGCGGGCGUGGGCCGCACUGGCUGCUUCAUCGUGAUCGAUGCCAUGCUGGAGAGGAUCAAGCACGAGAAGACAGUGGACAUCUACGGGCACGUCACCCUCAUGCGGGCACAGCGCAACUACAUGGUGCAGACAGAGGACCAGUACAGCUUCAUACACGAUGCCUUGCUGGAGGCUGUUGCCUGUGGCAACACGGAGGUGCCAGCCAGGAACCUCUACACCUACAUCCAGAAGCUGGCCCAGAUCGAAGUGGGGGAGCAUGUGACGGGCAUGGAGCUGGAGUUCAAGCGCUUGGCCAACUCCAAAGCCCACACCUCCAGGUUCAUCAGCGCCAACCUGCCCUGCAACAAGUUCAAGAACCGCCUGGUCAAUAUCAUGCCCUACGAGACCACCCGGGUCUGCCUGCAGCCCAUCCGCGGCGUGGAGGGCUCCGACUACAUCAACGCCAGCUUCAUCGACGGCUACAGGCAGCAGAAGGCCUACAUUGCCACGCAAGGGCCCCUGGCAGAGACCACAGAGGACUUCUGGAGGAUGCUGUGGGAGAACAACUCCACCAUCGUGGUGAUGCUGACCAAGCUGCGCGAGAUGGGGCGGGAGAAGUGCCAUCAGUACUGGCCAGCAGAGCGCUCUGCACGCUACCAGUACUUCGUGGUGGACCCCAUGGCAGAGUACAACAUGCCCCAGUACAUCCUGCGGGAGUUCAAGGUCACCGAUGCCAGGGAUGGGCAGUCGAGAACUGUCCGUCAGUUCCAGUUCACUGACUGGCCAGAACAAGGAGUGCCAAAAUCAGGAGAGGGUUUUAUUGACUUCAUUGGACAAGUGCAUAAGACCAAGGAACAGUUUGGCCAGGAUGGUCCCAUCUCUGUCCACUGCAGUGCUGGCGUGGGCAGGACCGGAGUGUUCAUCACGCUCAGCAUCGUCCUGGAGCGGAUGCGCUACGAGGGGGUGGUGGACAUCUUCCAGACGGUAAAGAUGCUGCGAACACAACGACCUGCUAUGGUGCAAACGGAGGAUGAGUAUCAGUUCUGUUACCAGGCAGCUCUGGAGUAUCUGGGAAGUUUUGAUCACUAUGCAACAUAAAAAGCCAUCCCUUGUGCAGACUCUACCAACCACUUCAGUCCUGGAAGGCCUCUUCUGACCCAGGAGGAGAGCUUGAACUUACAAAACUGACUCAGAAGAAGAACCUUUUCAUCUGGACAAUGCUUUGGGGGAGCAGGGGAGGGAAAGGAUUGAGAGGAACACCCCUUCAGGAACUCCACCUUGUAACCUGGACCGUGAAGAGGCAGCUCAGGAGAUGGCUGAGGGACUGCUUUAAGUGGUGAACUGCUCUUGUUACCUCAAGUGGUGUUUGCUGUGGAGGACCUAAUGGACAUCAUGAACCAGAUCCAAAAGCUAAAACCCACCUUGUGAGAAGCUGGAGAAGGGAAGGAAACCAACUUUGGUUACAUCCUUAGAGUUCAGUUUAUUUACUAAUCUAGUUGGCAGCCUUUAAAGGGAGUCACUUGCAGGUUUGGAGCUGGCCUGGACAAGAUGAGGAAAGGAACUAAACCAAUCUCAACACUUAGGCAAACUUUAGGGGGGGGUCAGGAGAUCUUCUAGCUGGAGUCUGAAGAACCUCAGUAGCAGCAGUGGGGAUGAGUCUGGGCUCACAGGCACCUUGCAAGCAGCAGUCACAGAAUGCCCCUGCCCACACCAGAGGUUUUAUAGCUUCACCUUCUGAAUACUUGGAACAUUCCUCAGUUCUUCUAAUUCCAACGUUUGUUUUUUAGGAUAUUGAAAAUGAAAGAGAGAGAGACAGAGAGAGGCAGAGCCCAGGCUGGCUGUGUGCUGUGCUGUGCUCUUCCCCCUCCCCUCCCACAGCCUGGUGGAGGUGAUGGCAGCUCCCCUGGGCUGGGUGUGCUGCUUCUGCCCCUCCUCUUUCCCAUUCUCUGUCCACAGCCACAGGACCCCACUCUUGCUUCCAGCAGCCCCCCCCACCCCCCACACCCACACCCACCUCCUGCCAGUUCCUACCAUGCUGGACCAGCAGCAUCUCUCUGGAAGGAGCCUGAGAAGCACCCAGCAGAAGUUUUUCUUUCCAGCUGCUUCUUCCUGCCAAACCCCUGCCUGAGCAGAGCAGCUCCCUGGGAGCAACAGAGAGAGGCAGAGCCACUCAGGGCUGACCCAGCUCCAUGCCACACACAGCUCAUGGGCACAGUUAGGACCACGCCUCUUAGGACUGGCUCAGUUCCAGGCCCCACCAAGCUGAUGGGCAGAGGUAGGACCAUUCCCCUCAUGCCUGGCUCAGUCCCACCCCAAGCUGAUGGGCACAGCUAGAACCACGCUCAUGGGCAGAGUUAGGACCAUGCCCUUCAUGCCUGGCUCAAUCUCACCUCAAGCUGAUGGGCACAGCUAGGACCUUGCUCAUGGGCAGAGUUGGGACCAUGCCACUCAUGCCUGGCCCAGUCCCACCCCAGGCUGAUGGGCACAGCUAGGACCAUCCCCCUCAUGCCUGACCCAGUUCCCCCCCCACCCUAACCUGCUGGGCAGAGCCAGGCCCAUACCUUAGCUGCCUGAAUCCCUGGGGAAGCCCAAGGCAAGAUGCAGUCAGUGGCAGCUCCUGUGAGUGGCUUCCUUUGAAGUCCUCCUGCCCCUGCCCCCAGUGACUUUACCUUUUGAUUUGUUUGCCUUUUUGGGGGGCUUUGAUUAUUAUUUUUUUUAAUAGUGGAAUAUUUUUCCCCCCCUUUUUUUUUAAGCCUAAAUCCUCUCAGUCAAUGAACUCAAGAGAAGAAAACCAACCCCACCUGGGCUGAUCUGGUGAGCCUCUGGUCAAAGACAGGCUCUAUUUUUUAAUCACUGUAGAACUGUUCUCUGUCCUGGCUGUGAAGCUAUAAAAUGCAGUGCAAAUUGCUGCCUUCUGCAGCUUGCUUUUUUCCCCCCCCCCCCCCCACCAUUUAAACUAAGGAACCAACAACAAAAAAAAGGUUUUCAGUUGCUUCAGGUAAGGACAAAAAAAAAAGGUUCCUUGCUGGGUUGGGUUUUUUUAAUUCAUUUCUUUUUUAAUUGGGUUUUUUUGGGGGUUCUUUUUAUCUUGGGGGGGUUUAGUUUGGUUUCCAAUUGCAGCCAUAUCACUGGAAGGGUGUGAAAGGAGCAGGCAAGCCUAGGAGUUGGUGGCACUGCCAACCUCCCUUCCCCCUUCAGCCCUGGCUGAACAGGGCCGGGGUUGAAGUGGGAGAUAAGAAUCUAAGCCUGGAGGUGUUGCCAAGGAUGAGGUCCUGAGCAACAUGGGCUAGAGGGAGGUGUCCCUGCCCGUGGCAGGGGGGGUUGGAACUGGCUGAGCUUUUAGGUCCCUUCCAACCUAAAGCAGUUUGUGACCUAUCAACACGAGUGGAAGCAGCCAGCAGCAGGGCUGGAGCUGUGGCACCACAGCAGCACCCACGCAGGGCUCUGGCAUCUAAGGUGGGCUGCAGGGAACAGCCAGAGCCUGUCUGUGACCUGUGAGCACGAGUGGAGGCAGCCAGCAGCUGUGGCACCACAGCAGCACCCACGCAGGGCUCUGGCAUCUAAGGUGGGCUGCAGGGAACAGCCAGAGCCUAUCUGUGACCUAUAGACACCACUGAGCACGAGUGGAGGCAGCCAGCAGCAGGGCUGGAGCUGUGGCACCACAGCAGCACCCACGCAGGGCUCUGGCAUCCAAGGUGGGCUGCAGGGAACAGCCAGAGCCUGUCUGUGUGCCCAGCUGGAGCUAAAAGAGCUCUUGGCAGUGUGGGUGAGGAAGAGGCUCCCUGCCAGAGCACCCAGAGGUGGGGCUGGCAGGGCCAGGCCAGGCUGCCCCCCUGGCUGCUGCUUGCCUGCCCUUAGCCUCCUUACUUCCCUAGCAGGGGUACAACUCGAGGCCAGCAGAAGUGCCACCCAGAGCCCACCCCCCCCCCCCCCCAUGGCCCCCUCACUAACUGCCCACACGAAAAGAGAAAGGAUCUAAAGAGAAAGGAUCUAAACCCUUCUUUAAGAUGGUUUUGGGUUGUUUUUUUCAUCCUCCUUCUCUGUGUGAAAGUUGCCCAAAAUGCUGAAGUCUGUCGCAGCAAAACAACAAAACCUUUCUGGAGGAGCUGGGGGAGGGGGGGGAGGGAGGGGAGGUUGGGUUGAGUUUUCCUUUGUAUGAGAGCAAAGUGCUGUUGCUUUCACACUGUUCCCAACUGAACCAGUAAGUGGUUUUCCUACCACGGUGUAUGUAGAUAUCUCGACUUUGUAUUAAAGGAAGAUUGUCUGAA